GAUACAGUGAUUACAAGCAACUUGAAAGAAACAAAUACUGAUGAAGGUUUCACCAACCUUUUGGUCUUUUCUUCCUUAGGAGUUUAUUAUUAUGACAAAGUGAUAGAUGGCCUGCUCUCCAUUGGUGUGACCCCUGUGGUGACGCUGUAUCACUUUGACUUACCUCAACAUUUAGAAGAUCAAGGAGGCUGGAGAUCAGAUGCCACAGUGGAAGCUUUUAAUACUUAUGCCCAGUUUUGUUUCAAGACCUUUGGGGACAGAGUGAAGCUAUGGGUCACCAUUAACGAACCACAUGUUGUUGCUGUGUAUGGCUAUGAAAAGGGUGUGGUAGCACCAGGUAUUGCAAUGCCUGGUGUUGGUGCAUAUCUGGCAGCCCAUAAUAUGAUCAAGGCUCAUGCUGCAGCUUGGCAUAGUUACAGUAGACUCUUUCGGGAAAAACAGGGUGGACUUGUGUCUGUAGCACUCAACUCAGAUUGGGCAGAACCCUUCAGUCCAAAUUCCCUUGCUGACCAGGAAGCUGCUAAGAGGCGUAUCGCAUUUUGCUCGGACUGGUUUGCUACCCCAAUCUUUCUCAGUGGUGAUUAUCCAGCUGUGAUGAAAUCUAAGAUUUCUGCUGCAUGUAAGAAGCAAGGUCCUCUGUCCUCACGGCCUCCUGAAUUUACUGAUCGGGAGAAGAUGAUGAUCAAAGGCACGGCUGACUUCUUUCCUCUUAAUUAUUACGCUACUCGCAAAAUCAAGCACCAAGAUCAUGAGUUCAGUCAGCCGAGUGUAUCUGCAGACAGAGAAGCAGAACAAGAUACAUAUAAUCACCCCGUAAUUUACAUCACUGAGAAUGGGUUCUCCCAGAGUGACCCUGCUCCGAUUGAUGAUGCUCAGAGAUGGGAGUAUUUUAGGCUGACUUUACAGGAGAUUUUAAAAGCAAUUUACACUGAUGGUGUCCAAGUGAAAGGCUACUUUGUAUGGUCCCUUCUGGACAACUUUGAAUGGAUUUAUGGAUACAGCUCUCGAUUUGGGCUCUUCCAUAUAGAUUUUGAAAGUUCAGCACUCCCUCGAGUUCCUUAUAAAUCGGCUAUUGAAUAUGCAAAAAUCAUUGCCAACAAUGGACUGAUGAAAUCACCAGAUAGCAAAUGUAUACCAACACAUCAAUGAACUGUGUGUGAUUUUUUUUUUUAACGUAAUUUUGGUUUUCAAUAAAUAUUUAUCAAAAAUCCAAUCAACAAAAGGUGGUGUCAGAACAAUAACUGCACAAGGGAUGUAAAACCUAUAAACUGUAAGAUGUAGCUGUUAAAAAAUAAAGUUGAAAUGCUGGGGUUGCUAUUAUGUUAUGCAGUUGAACAAUGUUUAUUACUGGACUGGGCAGAAAUUCAUUAGAUAAACGUAGGUAAUUAACCCACAUUGAUUAAAUAGGUGGUACAUCAAUGGUUCAGUACUCUUAUUAUUUUUUUUAAAACUGCAUGCAGGUAAUUCAAAUUCUGUGCCAAGAACAGAUGAAUUCUGUGACCUGUACUAAUUAAACAAAUUUGCCAUAUUUUCUCAUUUCACAUAGUUUGGUCCUGCAAAGCUAGUUAGAAUUGAAGGGAACACUAAAUGUGUUAGUCGAUAAAGAAUGAAGUAGAGAAAAGAAACAAACUAGUCCUCAGGCAUUUUUGAGGCUAUGCCUGUCUAAAAGGCUAAUGAAAGGGCUCUUUUUCUGUGUCAAAGUGAAUGCUUUUGUUAAGUGUCUCAUUGUGAGGCAGGAACAAGGAAAACAUGUAUGAGUAGCCUUGGAAGUUGACCUUCACCAAACGUCAUUCUGAUUACAUUUCAUUCAGAGCAAUGAAUGAAGCCUGUUGGAUUAGGAAAAAAGAGGCAUUGCUCUGUGCAGAGUAGCAAGAUUAGCAAAGGUGAGCAUGCUUCCUAAGGUAGGCCAGGUAUCAUUCCUACCUGGGCAAGGCUAGCCUCAACUAUGGAAAAGCUUGUUGGUAGGAAAACUCUUCCUGUAAGAAAAGAAACAUCAUAGAGUCUCCCAUGACCAUGUUCCAGGUCUAACAUGGGCAGAAAUGGAACUUUAAAAUGUCAGAUUCAGCCGGCGCGGACGGCAGGGACUUGCCCAGCCGCGCUGAGUCAGUUCUACCGCCCGAGCACCAGCAAAGGAAAAAGGGGAAGUGGGAAAACCUCAAGCUGAUUAAUGGGCCAGCUGGGACCGCUUAACUAAAACCGCAAAGCAGAUAUUUUGUAUCGACGCCAAUUAGCCUCGGGCGCCGUAGACAAAGGGUUAAGCAGUGGCUAGCAGCAAAGCGAUCAGCGCAUGAUUGGAAAAACCCCGGCUUUGUCUGCAACAGAAAGCACCAGCGAAGACCACGACCACGCUAGCGGUGUAAAGCAAUCAAGAGACAAAAGAACUGAACUGAAUCUGCCAUUUCGGUGAAGGGGGGAAUCACUGCAGGGAAUUUGUAGCCUAGCAGUGGGGCAAAGUGUGGGAACGGGGGAACUAUAAAUUGUAUUGCAAGAUGUGCCAAGCCAGUCCUGGAUUUGUCUGUAAUUAUGUACA